AAAGUUUUAAAUUUUGUUGCUCGAAAUCGAAAUGAAACUGCAUUUUGAAGGCCAUCUGGACGGUGUGCUGGACUUCAGCUUCAGCAAGGUCUGCUUGGGCGAUGGCGGCUACUACUUGGCCUCCGUCGCACAGGAUGGCCGGGGCUUUGUGCGGCGCGGCGACACUGGAGAAAUGUGCUGCAACCUCGUGGGCCACGAGGGGCCCGUGCGUGCAGUGUCGAUGGGCGCGAAAGGCACGAUUGUGGCGACUGGCGGUGAUGAUGGCACCGCCCGCAUUUGGAGUGUCGCCACUGGCGCCGAACUGACGAUGUUCCGACAGGACCAGAAGGUUUCCAGUGUGGCGCUGGACACCAGGUCGGAGUGGAUGCUCACCAGCAGCCAGGAGCGCGACAGCGAGGUCUGUUUGUAUGACGUGACUCGGGGAGAGCAGGAUAAGCCCCUGCUGUGCCUUUACCAAAAGCAAGGACGAGCCGUGCGCAACGUGAUCUUCUGCCGUGGCGAUCGCUCGUUUCUCUCCUCGUCCUACGACCGCCACAUCGAGAUGUGGGACAUUUUGAGUGGCCAGCGAAGCCACAUGAUCUCACUGCCCCACCACGCCAAGAGCAUGGAGCUGUGUGCCGACGGCAAGACGGUGACCAUUGCCUACGGAGAAAGCAUUGUCCUGUUCGACGCGGAUACCCUCAACAUAAUCGACCACCUGAAGCCGCCGUUCAAGGUGACGGGCGCAUCGCUACAUCCGCAGCAGCAACGCUUUGUGUGCACCAGCUCCUACAAUGAGAUUUACGGGUGUUGUAGCUACAUACGGGAGUUCGUCAAACUGCAUGAAGCCCCCGAGUUAAUGGGCAAACCAAUUAACUGCAUCAAGUACAGUCCCGACGGCGAGGUGUACGCCAGCUCGUGGACCAAUGGCCAGAUCAUACUCUGGCGAGAUUAUUCAGACCGCAAAAACAGGCUAAUGCCAUGCUAGAUAAAUUUAAAAAUAUGCAGAUGGAUGAAUACGAUGACUAAAUCCGUAAUUCCACUGCACUAAACUACACAACACUACACAACACUACACAACACAACACAACACUG